AUGCUGUUGGGAGCUGAACUUUUCUUUAAUUUGUUUUUACCUGGAGAAUACAGGAUUUCAAGAGAUCUACCAACUUUACGUAAUACAAAGUUAAGUUGGGUUGUUGCGGGAAGCGCUUCAGCUUCAAAUUCAAAUUCUCAUUGCCAUAUUGUAACAAAGCCAUCGUUGACGUCAUUGGACAAACUUGUUCGAUCAUUCUUUGAAACAGAAAGCCAUGACAUUCCCAUUAGUACUGAGAGUGAGGAAGAACACCAGUGCGAAGAACAUUUCAAAAAGUACACAACAUUAAAUUCUGAAGGUAAAUUUGUUGUUAAAUUACCAUUUAAAGAGAAUCCUAUCAUAUCUUUACUGGACUCCCUGUCAUCAGCACGAAAAAGAUUCUUUUCAUUGGAAAACAAAUUGAACAAGGAUGAAGAACUUAAAAAAUCCUACAUCAGCUUCAUGCAAGAAUAUGAAGCUUUAGGUCACAUGACACCAUUAAAAAAGGGUAGCAUUCCAAGGGUACACUACGUCAUACCUCAUCAUUGCAUCAUGAAACCCGAAAGUUCAUCAACAAAAUUGAGGGUAGUUUUUGAUGCAUCAGCCAAAACAACUUCUGGCCGUUCACUUAAUGAUAUACUUAUGGUGGGGCAACAGUUCAACCGGAUCUAUUUUCAAUAG